AGAGCACUAUACGAAAAUAAAUGUCAACUUCUUCAACAACCACCCAAUUCUCCCAAGACUUACUUGAAAACUUUCAUCCAAGAAAAUUUCUCCUACAUUCCUCUCUUUAUCCAACAGAAGCCCCAGCAAUUUCCCCAGCUCAAGAAACCAGUUAUGUCAUCAAUAACAACUUUGAUGCAAAUAUAAUUAUUGUUCUCUCAGUCCUCAUAUGUAGCGUGAUUUCCUCUUUGGGGUUGUUCUGUAUUAUCAGGUGUGCAGUUAGAUGCUCAAGUUUAGUCGCUGCUGCAUCUGGUGCGAACCUUUCAGCCAAGUUGGCAAAUGCAGGAGUUCAGCAGAAAGCCUUAAAAGCCUUCCCGAUUGUAAAAUAUACAACCGAGUUGAAACUGCCAGGCUUAGACACAGCUUGUGUAAUAUGCUUGUCGGAAUUUGCCUCUGGGGAACGUCUGCGGAUUUUGCCAAAGUGCAACCAUGGAUUUCAUACUCGUUGUAUCGAUAAAUGGCUUAGUUCACAUUCUUCAUGUCCUACAUGUAGGCACUGCCUAACUGAAACAGACCAAAAAACCGUUAACAGCAGCCAGGCUGACUCAUUGGAACAGUCUCUACGGGUGCAGGAAAGCACAUAG